AUGAAGCGCGGCUUUCUCAACUCCAAGCCAGCCAAAGACCGCCCCCUUGGUUCCCCCGUUGCAUCGAAAACCGACCCGGUUCUCCACCCUCUCAAAGGAACUGUACCCAGUCAACUUCCCUAUGCGACGCUCGACAGGCCUGUCGAUGUUCCAAAAGGCUACGAGACCAAGCUAAACUUUGUGACGGGAGCAUCGGGCAGCGACACACAGCCAGCGACGGCGGCCUAUGUCUGGAUAGCUCUUCCUCAAGUGGGUGACGAGCCCGAUACGGAAUGUUUAUUCGUGCCCGAGACCAAACAAAUCUUUUUGAAUACGUCUGGAUUUCCCAAACCACUUCCACCAGCUCCUACCCGUCCUGCUUUCUGCGUUGCACCUUCUCCCGGUAAAGGAAUGGGUCUUUUUAGUACCCGGAAUAUCAAGCAAGGCGAAAUCAUCCUUCAUGAACGCCCCCUUCUCAUCGCACCCGUGGCCGUUUUUUCAAACACCCCAGCCCACUUUUCAGAGGCUCAAAUCGUCCAGCAUUCUCUCAACGAGUUCGAGCGUUUUGCAGAAGUCUCCGUCAAUCGCAUGACACCGCAACGCCGAGCCGCAUUCAUGAGUCUUCACAAUUGCCACACAAUGGAUGGGUCCGGCCCCAUAGUUGGCAGAAUUAGGACGAAUGGAAUCGGUCUUUCUGGUUUACAGCCUGGAUUGAAAGCCAAAACAGACAUGGAGGUCAAGAUGGGAACGUAUUCUGUUAUUUGUGACAACAUCUCCCGUCUCAACCACAGUUGCUCUCCAAACACCGCUCCUUCGUUCGACAGAGCAAUGUUGGCGUAUCGUCUCUAUGCUGUCCGUGAUAUCGCCAAAGGCGAAGAGCUCACUUUCCAAUACGUCAACGUCUUAAGCAGCAAGAGCGAGCGAAGCAAGGCUCUCAAACCCUACGAUGUCCGUCGUUCUGCGAUCAGCGGUUUUGUGCCGACCCUCUCAGCCUGGGCUCCCAAUUGCCAAUUGCCCGAUGACUGGCUGAUCAACAAAUCAACCGAGUUGCUGGAGCUCAUCGAAAAAGAACACUUGGAGCAUCUCGAGGUCUACUGCAUCGCUAACCAUGCGAUCAUGGAGGCCUACAUUUGCUUGGGCGACAGUCAGAAUGCGAGCAAAUGGGCGGCGCGGGUGGAGCUGUUGGACCCGGAGAGCCCCGCUUACGCGAAACACGGCCUGUGGCGCAUGCGUGUCGACGAAAAUCCAACGGGCGAAAUCGGUGCGAUGUUAAAGCUGAUGGGCGAAAUUUGCGGCCCAGAAGGAAUGAAGAUGAUGGACAAUGGUACUGGGUCGUUUAUGCUACUGCCGGGCCGCCCCUCCGGAAACUCUGCGGAGAAUCGCUGCCGCAAUGGCCAGCAACUCACUGGUUGA